AUGCUGGAAAUUGACCGCCACUUUCUGAAAGUAUCAGAUCACCUAACUCCUGAAGUCGACAGCGACGGAGAAGAGAUUGAGCCAACCGUACACUUCAAACUUAGCGAUCUGAGCGAGCGUCUACUCAGCAUAAAGUUGGACAAAUCUGAGCAAUGCAGUAACUGGUCAAUUCGUCCUCUUCGUAUAAAGCAAAAACGCUAUGCUGCUAUGGAUGCUUACAUUGUCGUUGAAUUGUAUGCUAAAAUUCGCGAGAUGGCUGAGUUUGUGGAACUUUUUCUUAUCUAUUCCACUAUGGCAUCAUUUGCAAACACAGUUUUCAAAUUCAGAAGGCGUAGAAUGGACUUUGAAAAGUUGGUGGAACUUUCUAUGGUAAAUGGGAAAAAGAGAGAAAAAAGUAAAACGAAGAAGGAACGAGUUAAACUGGAUGAUAUGACAUGGGCUGAGAUUGUUGAAAAGCUUAGCGAUGUUCAGUCAGGGACAAGGCCUGCAACAGAGCUAAUGUGUAUAGUUGACUCAAUGCUUCUUGGACUUGGGAAACAACUA